AUGAGCCCCUCCCGGACUUCAUUCAGAGAAUGCAGGACUAUACAGCCGCACUCACCCAGGUCAAGGAACAGCAAGAGGCUGCCGCGGCCGAAAGACUACGGCUAGCAGAGGAAGCUGCAGCACAAACCCGGCGUCAAGCCGAGGCAGAUCAUUUGGCGAUCGAUCAGCUCAACGCCGGCAGCGCUGAACUUGUAAGUGCUAACCAAGCACAAUGGACAGCGGUGCUCAAUGGGAUGCGUUAUGUCCCGGUACCCAGCAGCGAGCCGACAACAGUACAGCAAGAGAGGCAAGACCUGGCAAAUAUUCUACUCCAUACAAUGAGCGCUGUCAUUUGGAACAGCUCCAUGGGGGAGCUGCAUUCCCGGUCCACACUGCAGCUGCAGCAUGAUCUGAGCCACAACGUGAAGAUACUUGCAGCAGCUGUCAAGGUCGCGGACAACCAGUUGAAACAGCUGGAUGCACGCAUUGCUACCUUGGAGGCACGGCCUCCCCAAGCAGUGCCAUGCUGCACGCCAGAUAUGACAGACAUAACGAAGCAGCUCAAUGGGCGCAUCGAUCAUGUCGUCAAUCUCAUCGGCGACAUAGGUGUCUUCAAUGGGCCGGACACGAUCAGUAGCACGGUGGACGCCAUCGAGACGGACAUCACCAAGCUGCAGACGAAACCAGACGCCGCCACGAAGAAUUACAAGAUGCCGCACUUCGACAUCAGCAAGUUCGACGACCACAACAAGACGGACGACUAUCUGAUGAAGGCGUUAUACUUACAGCUGAUUGGAGGAGCGCAGGCAUGGAUGAACCAUCUGGCGGCUACCCACACAUGCACCAUCGCUGAACUACACACGCACAUCACGUGGAAGGAUUUCGAGAAGCUAUGGUUCACCCGGUUCAUGGUCCGCAACGUCGUGAAGGUGGCCAUGAACGAGGUGUACACCUGCUCUCAAGGAAGUAUGCCAACUCGAGACUGGACAACCAAGUGGUAGAAGAUAGUGACCACGCCAGGCUUCGAUUUGACUUUUCCUAAUCAACGAUCCGAGUUCUU